CGACUCGUAUCUUUAUGGUCUCCAGAACGUCUUAUUUACAAUAAUUUUUAGGUUAUAUUUUUGAAACGCACGAAUAACACAAUUUUGUCCUUGUAUAUAGUGUAAAUUAUUAUUGUUGUUGGCAACGUUAACAUUAGAAUCUAUAGGUGUGCAAUGUAAGAUUUAACUAAGUUCUUAAGGUUGCAAAAUGGCUGGACGAAUCCCCGAUAGAUGGUUGCAAUAUAAAGCAUGUGGAAAAGUCAUAGAAGGCACAAGAAUUAUUUGCUUUAAAGUACCUCUAAAAAGGGCUAUGCAAGUUAAACAUGUGGAGGAGAAUAACAUAUGGGAUAUUACGCAGCUUUUAUUAAGAAUACCUAAUAUAGGAGCAGUUUUAGACCUUACGAACACGGCUCGUUAUUACAAUCCGAAGAAUUUCGAAGCUGUCGGUGUUUUGCAUAAGAAGAUAUUUAUUCCAGGCCGGGCCAUUCCGCCCGAAGAAAAAGUGUCCGAAUUUAUGAAUGCUCUGGAUGGAUUUCUGGAAGAGAACAAUAAAUGCUUGGUCGGUGUCCACUGCACGCACGGUCUGAACCGGACUGGGUACAUGGUGUGUCGGUAUAUGAGGGACCGCCUUGGAGUGCCGGCCGCAGAAGCCAUUAGGCGUUUUGAAUUAGCACGAGGUUAUCAUAUUGAAAGGGAUAACUAUAUCGCUGAUUUGCUCGGAAAAACUCCACCGCCACCUGAUGAAGGCUGUGAAACUAUUGUAAAACCAAUUAAACAAGAGGAAAAUGAUGAAAAAAUUACUUGUGAAGAAAAAGAGGGAAUAAAUCACAAGAGGAAACACGAAGAAAAGACGAACAUACACAAAAAUACUAAAAAGAAAAAACAUAAAAGAAAGAAAUAUAAAUCAAAUAGUUCAAGUAUGGAUAAAUCAGAUAGGUCAUACGAUUUUAAGUAUGAUUAUUGAAUGCUUUUGCUUGUAAAUGAAUUUAUUUUUACUUUAAGUAAAACAACAAAAUAUAGUACAAGCCCUUCUAAAGUUUUCAUUCAUUCCAUUUGAACUAAAUUCAUGUUAAGCCUCUUCCUUAAUAACCAAUAAACAAAUCUGAGUGUGAUAGUAAAAUCAAUACUGCCCAUUGAAUAAACGAUUUGGAUUUUUUUUUUCAAUAAAAUAUGUGUUUUUCAUUUAUUUUCCGCUAUGUUAAAAAAAUGUGUUCUCGGUGCUCCAUAUUGCUCAGAAGCAUUGACAUAGUUCAUGAGAAAAAAUCUAAUUACGUUGGUGUAGUCACGUAUGGUUAUGUGAACUGCGCACGUGGGUGAUGAUAUCGCGCUUAGAGAUUGGGUGCCCGAUGCCUAUUGACGGCGAGACAUUUUUAACGCGCCGCCUGCUUGACGACAAAAUCAGGGAUGACAAUUUUUCGUAGUAGAAACUCUAGAUGUAGUGUCAAAUUCAACGUACAAACCCAGUUUAGUUAGUCUCAUGAUAUAAAUA